UGCAGCUGAACUUGGUGUAUUCAGAAUCAGAAUUGUCCAAGGAAUUCAGUCGUGGACAAGUUGUAGAAUUCAGCUUUGGGAGCGUGAAGGUUGAGCUGGUCCUGGAGUUCGGGGGCAACGGCAGCAUCCCAGCCUCACUGAUGGAUGCAGUGGAGUUGGCAAUCCAGCAACGCCUGACGCAAGUGAACAUGUCCACCCAGACCGGCUCACUCAACCACUUGCUCAUCGACAUCAACUCCAUCCAGUUCACCGAAAUCAGCAAGUCACAAGCAGAGUUUCUUUUGAAAAAAGUUUCUCUGGAUGGUUCUGCGGCACCAGAUUCCACCGUUGCAACCAGCACGGACAUCCCAACACAACCCACCUCAGGCUGUGGCAUUAAAGGUCCAACUUCCAGUAGGAUUGUUGGUGGGACCAACGCACAAAAUGGCGAGUGGCCGUGGCAGGUUAGCCUGCAGAUCGGGAGACACGUUUGCGGUGCCUCCAUCAUCUCCGACCGAUGGCUCAUCUCUGCCGCCCACUGCUUUAGAAUACAGAACAACUCAACCCUCUGGCAAGUGUACAUGGGAUCGGUGGAAGUGGGGACAGGCACAAGACGAGACAUCAGACAGAUCAUCGUCCAUCCCAAAUACGCAUUGAACAACCCUUUCGACUAUGAUGUUGCAGUCCUGGAACUGUCCAGCCCACUCAGCCUCUCCAGUGUCAUCUACCCAAUCUGCCUCCCAUCCAGUCAGCAAGUGUUCCCCAGCGGCCAGCAGUGCUACAUCACAGGAUGGGGCAGACUCGCUUACCAAGGAUCCCUUCCCUUCAUCCUACAAGAAGCAGAAGUGUCGGUUAUUGAUGACCAAACGUGCAGGAAUGCCUACAGAUCCCAUAUCACUCCGAGAAUGCUGUGUGCUGGUGUAUUAACGGGAGGAGUAGGUUCAUGUCAGGGGGAUUCUGGAGGACCCUUGGCCUGCAGUGACUCGAGAGGAACCUGGUUCCUGGCGGGAAUCGUCAGCUUUGGCGUCAGAUGUGCUGUGCCCAACUUCCCUGGCGUCUACACGCGUGUGACAGCCGUGAGAGACUGGGUGGAACAACAGACAGGGGUGUGAUCCAGCCAGCACCUCCCCCUGACGUCUCCCUCACC